GCCUCGCUGAGGACCCCGGGCUGGGCGCUGCUGCCGGUUCGCCUAACCCUUUCCCUCAGCCGCCUCCUUUCAACCUUGUCCACCGGUCGGCGCGGCCUCUGGUUCCGCGGCAGCGACUCCCGUUCGUGCCGCAGCUCGUUCCCCUUCCAACCCCGCCCCAACAGAUCCCCGAGUUCGCCCGUCAUGGCUCUACUCACAGCGGCCGCCCGGCUCUUCGGAACCAAGAAUGUUCCCUGUCUUGUUCUUGCUGCUCGGCACGCCAGUGCUUCCUCCACCACGAAUUUGAAAGAUGUGUUGAGUGACCUGAUACCUAAAGAACAGGCCAGAAUCAAGGCUUUCAGGCAGCAACAUGGCAAGACAGUGGUGGGCCAGAUCACUGUGGACAUGAUGUAUGGUGGCAUGAGAGGCAUGAAGGGAUUGGUAUAUGAAACAUCAGUUCUUGAUCCUGAUGAGGGUAUCCGAUUUAGAGGCUACAGUAUCCCUGAAUGCCAGAAACUGCUGCCCAAGGCCAAGGGCGGAGAAGAACCCCUGCCUGAGGGAUUAUUUUGGCUGCUGGUAACUGGAAAAGUGCCCACAGAGGAACAGGUAUCUUGGCUCUCAAAGGAAUGGGCAAAGAGAGCAGCUCUGCCUUCCCAUGUGGUCACUAUGCUGGAUAAUUUUCCCACCAAUCUACACCCCAUGUCUCAGCUCAGUGCAGCCAUCACAGCCCUCAACAGUGAGAGUAACUUUGCCCGAGCAUAUGCAGAGGGUAUCAACCGAACCAAGUAUUGGGAGUUGAUAUAUGAAGACUGCAUGGAUCUGAUUGCAAAGCUACCUUGUGUUGCAGCAAAGAUCUACCGGAACCUCUACCGGGAGGGCAGCAGUAUUGGGGCCAUUGACUCUAAGCUGGACUGGUCCCACAACUUCACCAACAUGUUAGGCUAUACUGAUGCUGAGUUCACUGAGCUCAUGCGCUUAUACCUCACCAUCCACAGUGACCAUGAGGGUGGUAAUGUGAGUGCCCAUACCAGCCACUUGGUGGGCAGUGCCCUUUCAGACCCCUACCUGUCCUUUGCAGCAUCCAUGAAUGGGUUGGCAGGGCCCCUGCAUGGACUGGCAAAUCAGGAAGUACUUGUUUGGCUGACACAGUUACAAAAGGAAGUUGGCAAAGAUGUUUCAGAUGAGAAGUUGCGAGAUUAUAUCUGGAACACACUUAACUCAGGACGGGUUGUCCCAGGCUAUGGCCAUGCAGUACUAAGGAAGACUGACCCACGGUAUACCUGUCAGCGAGAAUUUGCUCUGAAACACCUGCCACACGAUCCCAUGUUUAAACUGGUUGCUCAGCUGUAUAAGAUUGUGCCCAAUGUCCUCUUAGAGCAAGGCAAGGCCAAGAACCCCUGGCCCAAUGUAGAUGCUCACAGUGGGGUGCUGCUCCAGUACUACGGCAUGACGGAGAUGAAUUACUACACAGUGCUGUUUGGGGUGUCACGUGCACUGGGGGUACUGGCACAGCUCAUCUGGAGCCGAGCCCUAGGCUUCCCUCUUGAGAGGCCCAAGUCCAUGAGUACUGAUGGUCUGAUGAAGCUUGUGGACUCUAAGUCAGGAUAAAGUUGGAGACAGGGAAAAAAACUGUUAGAAAGUGGGGGAGCUUACAAAACAAAAAACAUACUUUUAUUUCAGGGGGCCAUUUAAAGACAAGAUUAAAUUGUAACUGAGGCACUGAUAAGCUUGAGGUUAAAAUAUAAAUUAAGGAUUUAAAAAUGAAACGUGACCCCUUAUUCCCUAAUGAGCUUUUACCCUGCCUGGUAAAAAUUGCCUUUCAACUGUAGGAUGCUCAGGACUCGCGCAUGUGGCAUGUGGUAUGGAUUAGGUUUGGCCCUUCCACCAUCUCUAAAGUGAAAACCUGACUCCUCUUUCCCUGGGUCAGGACUAGUUGCAAAGAAUGUAGUCAUGCCAGAACUUUUGGUUCUUCUCUGCCCAGUCCUAAAAAGACCAGCAAGUCAGAAUUCUGCUGUGUUUCCAUAGGAAUCAUAUUAGGUGUCUGCUGUACCUACUUCAUUGUCCUCUCCCAUGCACAGAUAACUUCCUAUCAAUAUCUACUGGUUAGCUGGACAUGCUUUGACUUUUUUUCUUUUCCUACCAGGUGACAUGAAGGUCAUGACAUCUAUUGUGACUGGCAUCUGGUGUUUGAUUCUCUUUUUUGAAACUCUUCUAUGAAAAUCAAGGUGUUGGGAAUGUUCUGUUCCCCACCACUUUAAUAGUCAUGCCCUUCUAGAUUUUUUUUAUACCUGCUACACCUCAAACUGAGGAUGCUCUGGACCUUCCUCUCAUGGUCCCUACUAAAGACCUCUUCCAGCAGGUUAUAUGUACCACUGUCUGAUCUUUGGUCAUUCACAGUCACUUGGCUUUCUCAGUGCUUAAUGUGAACUUUUACUUAACUCAGAACACAAGCCACUACCCUGUGGCUUUUUUUUUUUUUUUAAUAUGCUGUCAGCCAUAGAUAGGGACUUAGAAAUAACCAGUGUUAUCUUCGUGGUAUGGUCCCAGGGGUACCUGCACCUUGUUUUGAGCAGAAAAAUGGGUAUAUGUUGAACAUGGUCUCCUGUGAAAUAUCAGGUCUUGGGGCUGAGCAGUAAGAGUAGUAGGCCUCCCUCUUCAUCCUCUACCACAAGAAAAUAUUCCUUUAUUUAUCAAAAGUCCUUAUCUUGUUCCUUCCCCAAGAGUUCACAGCACAGUAUCUCUUUUAGAAGCCCCAUUUGCACAGGUUUUCAGUGACUCAGAAUGCUCUACUGCCUUUUCUUUAAGAAAGGAUGAAAAUACACUCCUACUUGUGCCCCCUUUCUCCCUCACAACUCCUGCCUGUGUUUGUGUGGAUCCUCAGUCCCCAGACCACACCCUUGAGAUGGAACACACUAUCUGUAAACCCCUGGGUAACUGUCAAGUCAGAAUGCAGACUUCAGGUUGUUCUGUAUAAAAUGCAAAAUAAAUGUUUUUAUUAACAGUU